CCCGCGCCGCCCGGCCCGGCUCGGCUCGCGGCGCCGCGCUCCCGACGCCACCGGGGCCGCCACCGCUCGGCGACCUGGCGCUGCCUGGAGCUGCUUUGUAAAAAGGCCGUUUCUCGGCUCCUUCGCCUCUUCUGUCGGGAAAAAAAAAAAAAGAGAGAGACUCGCGGUGGGCGCUUCGGCCUCUUGUGCAUUGAGGGAGGAAAAAAUAAAAAAGGAAAAAAUAACCAGAGGAAAUACUCGGCGUGCGCUUCUGGAAGAGGGGGUCGUCCGAGCCCCCGAGUGUGUUCCACCACGGGGGGGGAGGACCUGGCUCCGAAUUUUGUUCUUCCACCGAUUGCUCAGAAGUUGGACUGAAGCACAAUUUGGAAAAGAGAAGACAGUUUUGUCUUAAAUUUAAAAAGUUUGCAUCGAAGCUGGAUUUACUUGCACCUCGCAGGAAGAGAAUCCAGAGGAGAGGGUGUGCAGAGCCGCGAUCACGGAGUUCAGAUGUGUUCUAAGCCUGCCGGAGUGAACACACUAACAAGACCUGAUGGAGGCCAGAGCUCAGAGUGGCAACGGCUCCCAGCCCUUGCUGCAGACAUCCCGUGACAGUGGCCGGCAGCGUGGGGACCCUGACCCCAGAGAUGCCCUCGCCCAGCAGGUACAUGUGUUGUCUCUGGAUCAGAUCAGAGCCAUUCGGAACACCAAUGAGUACACCGAGGGGCCUACAGUGGUCCCACGACCUGGGCUCAAACCUGCUCCUCGCCCUUCCACCCAGCACAAGCAUGAGAGACUCCAUGGGCUGCCUGAGCACCGUCAGCCUCCCAGGCUCCAGCACUCGCAGGUCCAUUCUUCCACGAGAGCCCCUCUGUCUAGGUCCAUCAGCACCGUCAGUUCAGGGUCUCGGAGCAGCACAAGGACAAGUACCAGCAGCAGCUCCUCUGAACAGAGACUGCUAGGGUCGUCCUUCUCCUCGGGGCCUGGUGCAGAUGGCAUCAUCCGGGUGCAACCCAAAUCUGAGCUCAAGCCAGGUGAGCUGAAGCCACUGAGCAAGGAAGAUUUGGGCCUGCAUGCCUACAGGUGUGAGGACUGUGGCAAGUGCAAAUGUAAGGAAUGCACCUACCCAAGGCCCCUGCCAUCAGACUGGAUCUGCGACAAGCAGUGCCUUUGCUCAGCCCAGAACGUGAUUGACUACGGGACUUGUGUGUGCUGUGUGAAAGGCCUCUUCUAUCACUGCUCUAACGAUGAUGAGGACAACUGUGCUGACAAUCCCUGCUCCUGCAGCCAGUCUCACUGUUGUACGCGAUGGUCGGCCAUGGGUGUCAUGUCCCUCUUUUUGCCUUGUUUAUGGUGUUACCUUCCAGCCAAGGGUUGCCUUAAAUUGUGCCAGGGGUGUUAUGACCGAGUUAACAGGCCUGGAUGCCGGUGUAAAAACUCAAACACAGUUUGCUGUAAAGUUCCUACUGUCCCCCCCAGGAACUUUGAAAAGCCAACAUAGCAUUAUUAAUCCAGAGUAUUACAAUAAUAGGGAUUGUGUUCGUGGUUUUUGUUUGCUUGUUUUCCUUUUUUUUUUUUUUCCUUUAACACACAUAUGCAACCAACUUAACAGUUGUAAUC